AUGGAAGCUGCAUCUAAUUAUCGACCCUCGAAAAGAGUUAUGCUGUGGACCCACCCUCGUACACGCUCUACUGCUUUUGAGUUGUCAAUGGCAUCAGUGCCGUCGUUUAAAGUCCAUCAUGAGAUAUAUACUCUCGCGGCGUGCUUUGGUCCGGAAAGGCAUUUUCCUUCGCAAGCGCCAGUCCUACCAGGAUAUACAUUCAAGGAGGUGAGGAAGAUGCUUGAGGCUAAUUAUCCCAGUUAUGAUGUCGUAUUUGCAAAAGAUGGCCCAAUCACUUUUCAAAAUGAUAUGAGUUAUCUGCCUAAUGGGUUUAUUCAUUCCUUCUUGAUAAGAGACCCCGAGAAAACAAUACCGUCUUUGUUCAAAUUGAUCAGUCGCUUACAAGACUCCGACCACAUCAAAGCCACGCUGACUUGGGGAAGCAUGCAGCCACUUCUAGAUUUGAGCAAGUAUGUACAAGAAGAACUCCGUCAAGUUCCCAUUGUUAUUGAUUCUGACGAUCUAGUCAAAGCCCCUAGUGAAAUAUUGCAAGCUUAUUGCCACACUACAGGCAUUCCAUUCCAAGAAACAAUGUCGAAUUGGAAACCAGGAAAUAUCGGACAUUGGCACGAAUUACUUCGAAAUCCCGAUAUGAUUCAAUCUUAUGAAGCGGCUAUAGCAAGUUCGUCUUUCGUUGCCCCUUCUGGAAAUCGACAUGAUGCUGUAGCAAAUAAUGACCUUCCUCAAGAGCUUUUGAAGUUUAUUGAGACCUUGAGACCAAUUUACCACCAGCUGCGAAAGUUGAAGAUAACAUAA